AUGACCUGUGAUAAGGGCAAUGGAAGAUGUUUAGCUGGAUGUGAGCCUUCAUAUUAUGGCGAUAGAUGUGAUCAAGGUUGCGCUAAAAAGGGAGUUUAUGGCGUUAACUGUGAUCUACCCUGUCCUGUCAACUGUCAGGAACAAAGAUGUUACAUAACUAACGGAAGUUGUCUGGGAUGUAGGGCAGGAUGGACGGGAGACAAGUGUGAUAAAUUGUGCCCUACUGGAUGGUAUGGACUUGGAUGUGAACACAGAUGUAUUGGACAUUGCCAACACAACGCCCCCUGUCAUCAUGAGUCAGGUCGUUGUGUAGACGGUUGUGCUGCUGGAUGGAUGGGAUCCUUGUGUAACAAAGAGUGUGAAAAUGGAACCUACGGCCAAGGUUGUAUUCAUAAAUGUAGCGGAAACUGCUUGAAAAGUUCUCACUGCAACAAAGUAACAGGCAAUUGUGAUUUAGGUUGUAGUCCUGGGUAUAUAGGAACUCUCUGUAACAAGAUUUGUCCUAUUGGAAAGUUUGGAAUCCUUUGCAGAGAGUCAUGCAGUGGUCACUGUUUAAAUGACACAAAUUGUAAUCAUGUAAAUGGAAGUUGCAACAAGGGUUGUGACAAUGGAUACACUGGUGUUACGUGCAACGAAUCAUGUGAGAGGGGCUGGUUUGGCUCAAAUUGUUCACAAAAAUGCUCAAUAAAUUGCCGCACUGCUCAUGAAUGUACUAACACAGAUGGGUCCUGUGUGUGUUCUCCUGGGUGGAAAGGGUCACCACACUGCAACAAAGAGUGUGGUCAGGGAUUUUACGGAGAGGACUGUCAGAAAGUCUGCAGCGUUUAUUGUGUCAAUACUACAUGUAAUAAAACUGAUGGCGGUUGUUUGGCCGGAUACAUUAAAGGAGACAAAUCUGAGAAAGCUGCAAUACCCAGUAUGGUAUCCGAUGUAGAACCAUCCAGUGCUCUAACUGUGGGUGGCGUUUUGGGUGCAUUUGGUGUAGCUAUUGUCGUCGCCAUGAUAACUAUCAUAUAUUUACGAUUGAGAAAUAAAACGUCCAAAAGAGCGAAGACACAGAGAAAUAUAACGGAAAACAAUGCUUCUUUUAUUGAACUACGACAGAGGAAGACUCCGAAUCAAUCAUCUACCACAGAAAGAAGUAAGGAUCGAAGUAAAUAUAAAUCUUCCGAUGUCGAGGAAAUAGUCAAGAGAGGUCCGCCUACGAAUAAAACUAUUCCCACAAAAGUCCUGCAUUCCAUCGUAGCCAAAAUGUCUGCUUCCAAAAACGCUGGAUUCAAACACGAAUAUCAUGAAAUUCCUAGAGGUGAACUAUUUCCCUGUGAAGAAUCUAAGAAGCCUGAAAAUAAACCUAAAAAUAGAUAUACAACUACAUUUCCAUACGAUCACUCACGAGUUGUAUUGAAAACCUCAUCUCCUAAUGAAAGUGAUUUCAUCAAUGCCAAUUAUAUCGAGGAUACACAGAGUAACCAAAAGUAUAUUGCAACUCAAGGGCCAAAGCCAAAAACAGUGGUUGACUUCUGGAAGAUGGUGUGGCAGGAAUGUGUAAAUACCAUUGUUUGUCUGACCAAUCUAAAAGAAGGGACAAAGAUUAAAUGUACUCAAUAUUGGCCGAAUUUUAGCGACAAAGUGCAGCAUGGCAUCUUUAUAAUAAGAAACCUGGAAGAGAAGAUAUAUGCUAAUUAUACGUCAAGACGCUUCAAAGUGUACAACAAUCUGGAUAAAAAAGACCGUGAAAUGUUGAUGUUUCAUUACACACGGUGGCCAGAUCAUGGAGUCCCUGAUCCACUUAGUCUUGUUGUGUUCCACCGUCACGUGAUGAAAACGUCAUCACAGACUGGAAAGUACAUGCUGGUCCACUGCAGUGCUGGAAUAGGGAGAACCGGAACAUACUUAGCUUUGGACGCCCUCUACCGGGACGGGGAGAGAAAUGGCAGAGUUAAUGUACCGAUGUACGUCAGGACCAUGAGAAAAGACAGAAUGAACAUGAUACAAGGAGAUGACCAGUACAGAGCCGUUUAUCUUGCCCUUUGUGAAUCAUUCAGUGGGAGGUCUAGACGUUUGACAGCUGAAACACUUUCACAUCAAUCUCAAGAUAGAUCUUGCUACACAAAUUGUGGGGAAGUUUCAAGUACAACUUCCCUGUCUUCAGACUUCCAGACUCUACAGUCUCUUCGGAUAAAAUAUGCAGAGAAAGAUUGUGAAUCUGGACAUACAAACAUAUCAGCCAACUAUACAGAGAGUGUUUUGCCGGUUGAAAAAUUCCUGUGUUAUUUGUCCUAUACAAAGGGAAGAAACAACUACUACAACGCUGUUCUUCUACAGUCCUUCACUGAAAAUGACUGUCUAAUCAGCGCUCAGUACCCACUUCCUGAAUACACUGAAGACCUUUUGAGACUCAUCAGAGAUUUUGAUGCUCGUGUUGUGGUUUUCCUAGGUCCUUUGAAGGAAAUAAAAUCCUCAACCCUUUGGGUUCCAUCAAAAUCCGAAAACAAAACCUGUGGCAGUUUUGUACUUCAUCUGGCAACAUCAACAAAUUCAAUAAACUUUACAACCAGGAAUAUAGUUUUGCAGCCAAAGGGAGGUAGCGACAUGAGAGUAACUGUGUUGGAAUGCAAGACCUGGAAAGAAGGGAGGUCCCUUGCAGACAAAAGAGUGCUACUUGACGUGGUCAAGGAGGCAAAAUCAGAGAAAGAUAAGGAUGAAGGAAAAAUACUUAUUUUGUCCAGUGAUGGAGCUACACGAUGUGGGGCGUUUGCUGUUGUCUAUAACGCCCUGGAACAACUCUCAAUGGAUAAAGAAGUGGAUAUCUUCACCAUCACACGUCAACUUCAGAUUCGUAGACCGGAGUUUGUAUCUACCUUGGAGGAAUACCAGCUUUGUUAUGAUGUCAUUGCUGAAUACAUGCAGAAUGACAGUGUUUACGCAAACUGUUAAACAAAGGGAGAAAACUUUAUAACCUUAAAAGACUGCAAAAGAUAAUAAUG